CAAACAACAACCGGAAGUCUUAGGUCAGAUUUUUCUAGCGGACUCUGCUUCCAAGUCAGCUACACGGUAGCAGCGAGGGGCUUUUUGUAGUCAGUGAGCGUUAUUUUCGAAGUAUAUUCGUCCUCUUGCUGCGGCCAUGGAGUCGAGCGAUGCAGGACGAGGGGGGUGGAAGACCAAGCCUGCCCAGCCCCAGAAAAACAAGAUGAACAUGAAUAUUCUCCGUCAAGAGAAGCUCAUAGCUCAGAAGAAGAAAGAGAUUGAGGCUAGAAUGGCAGAGCAAGCUAAAAUUAAUGCGCAAACCACUAGCAAGCCCCUGCCUCCAAGUGGUUCUCCUAGUCUUCAAGGAGCCUCCUCAAACAAGUUUGCAAACGAUGGAAGCUUCUUACAACAGUUCAUGAAGAUGCAGAAAGAGAAAUCCAACAGCGUGCCAGGUUCCAUGAGUGAAACCAAAACUCCUUCAACGUCACCAGGCGGAAACGCACUUCACAAAAAGAGCAUUCUUGUUGGGAAGCGGCCUGGCCUUGGAGUCAGUAGCAUGCUCAGUCAGUUCAAGAGCUACUCACAGUCCAAGAAGAAUCCUGUUCUCAGCCAGAGGCCAAGUGUGUUUUGCUCUCCAGAUGACGACGAGGAAGAAGAUGCUGAUUACUCCAAAUUCCUAGAGAUGAAAGUCUCUCCCCCAGAGGAUUCAGACACCAGACUCAUUAUCGACAAGAUGGCAUCUUUUGUGGCAGAGGGGGGACCUGAACUGGAGAAAAAGGCCAAGGAGGACUACAGAGACAAUCCUGUUUUCUCAUUUUUAUAUGAUAAGAGCAGCAUGGAGUAUCUCUACUACAAAAACAGAGUUGCAGAAUUGAGAAGGGAUUUGCUAAAACCUGAGAAUACAUCAGAUAAUGUCUCCCCCCCAGUGGACGCGGAAACCCAGCAGGUGGCUGAGAAGCUGGCCAGGUUUGUGGCGGAGGGUGGCCCCGAGGUGGAAGCCAUCGCUGCUGAACGCAACCGAGACAACCCUGCCUUCAGUUUUUUAUAUGAUUACCAAAGUCCAGCUUACCACUUCUACAAAGACAAAGUUCAGGAGUAUCGUGCUGCCAUCCCCCAGAGCUCCUCACCUCCUGCAACAGAGUUCAGGACAGAUGUUCAGCGACCAGCUGUUCCACCAUUUCCAGGAAUCCCUCCAACAUUGAACCCAACAUCUCUACCCCACUCUCAAGAGUCAGACACCCCACCCGGUAAACGGAAGAGGAAGAGCAGAUGGGGAUCUGAGGAUGACAAAGUUGACUUGCCCAUUCCUCCCGUCAUUGUUCCUCCGGAGAUUAAUGUUCCAGACCCCAACACACCCUCUCUCUCUGCCCAGGAGCUGAGAGGUCUUGGUUAUAAGAAGGGAAAGCCUCUUGGUCUCGUUGGAGUGACAGAACUAUCAGAGGACCAGAAGAGACAACUCAAAGAACAACAAGAGAUGCAAGAGAUGUAUGACAUGAUCAUGAAGCACAAGCGUGCCAUGGCAGAAAUGCAGGUGAUGUGGGAGAAGGCCAUAAGAGACCAUCAACAUGAAUACGACAGCGAUGAAGAAGUAGACCAGCAGGCAGGCACCUGGGAGCAUCGUCUUCGAAAGAUGGAAAUGGAGAAGACGCGUGAGUGGGCAGAAUCUCUGACAGAAAUGGGUAAAGGGAAACACUUUAUUGGGGACUUCCUGCCUCCUGAGGAGCUGGAGAAGUUCAUGGAGACCUUCAAGGCACUCAAGGAGGGCCGGGACCCAGACUACUCAGAAUACAAAGAGUUUAAGUUGACGGUGGAGAACCUUGGUUUCCGAAUGCUUAUGAAGAUGGGUUGGAAGGAAGGUGAAGGCCUCGGCAGUGAAGGACAGGGAAUCAAGGCUCCCGUCAACAAGGGACAGACAGCAAUGAACGGAGCAGGGUUAGGAAUCGACCGUCCAGCUGAGCUCACAAAAAGUGACGAUGAAUACGAUGCUUUUAGGAAGAGGAUGAUGCUCGCUUACCGCUUCAGGCCAAAUCCACUGAAUAAUCCACGGAGACCAUAUUACUGAUGUAGGGGACUGUUUUUGUUUAUUCUUGGUCUUGUUAAUCAUAACUUAAAAGCUGGUUUCUCCAGUUGCCACAGCUCUGCUAAGUUGUGAAAUGGACACCGUUGCACAGUAGAAAUUUUGAAAUUUGAAGUGUGUGUGUGAGAGGGUAAUGAACUUUGAGAAUGGCUGAAAUAUUGUUAGAUCGAUUACAUUUUAGGUUUAAUUUGGUUAAAUAAUCAAAACUGUUUUCUUUUAAUACUUGAUCACCUAUUUUGUUACAUUUCAAUUUAAUACUAUAUCACUUUUAAAUUUGUAAAGACAUUACAUCGCCUGACUUCCAUAAUAAUUUCAUUUGUUUGUGUAACCAUUUUGUUCCCUUUGAAAGUUUGAUUUAACUUUGCAUUCCAACUAAAUAACAGUUCUGUAUUAUUACAUGGCCCUCUGUAUAAACUGCAUUGAGUAAUCUUCCUCACUGUGCUAUAUAUAAUUUUUUGUUCUUUCAUUAUAUGCUCCAGUGUUCACAAUUAAAAAUGGCCACUUGCUGAAA